UGGCAUGCCCAGUGCUCACUUUUCACUUGUGCUAGUUGCUGCACCACGCCACCACAUCCAGACCCCAAACUCCAGAGCUCAUAUAAGUAACUCACCCGGUGCCUUGCGAAAAUAGAUCACGUAUACUUCGCACCGCACACACCUGGCUCUGCUUCGUUUCCUCUUGCAAGAAACUUGUCUGUGCUUCCCUUCCGCUACUUGGAUACAGCGGCAAUGAGAUCAGUGCUCGGUCUCUCCCCUUGGAGUUGCUUGCUGCUUCUCCUCUCGCUGGUGGCGGCUUCGUGGGGGCUUGAGGUCGGCGACCUCUUCAGCCCAGGGAAAGCACCGGCGGGGAAGCAGGAUUGUAGCCGGACAUGCGAAUCCAAGUUCUGCACGGUCCCGCCUGUGCUGAGGUACGGCAAAUACUGCGGAAUCCUCUACAGCGGCUGCCCCGGCGAGAAGCCCUGCGACGCCCUCGACGCCUGCUGCAUGGUCCACGACCACUGCGUUGCCGCCAACAACAAUGACUACCUGAACACCAGGUGCAACGAGAACCUGCUGGGCUGCCUGGACGGGGUGAAGCCGGCGGGGCCGACGUUCCCGGGGAAUAAGUGCGGCGUCGCCGAGACGGCGUUGGUCAUAAAGGGCGUCAUCGAGACGGCCGUGCUCGCAGGGAAGAUUCUUCACAAGCGCGACAUCGGGCAGUAGCCAUCUUCCCUGGCCCGGAGCCGGAACGUACUGUACUACUCCUACUUAGGAGAAAAUAAUGUGGUAGGCGUGGCGUGGUGGUGCGGCAAAGUGAUGUUGUGGACUUCUGAGCACGGUGUAGUUCGGAUCAGUUUGGUAGUAUGUACGGCACGCGGCAUAUUGCUGUACAGCACACUCCUGCGGAUGGCAUGGCAUGCAUGGCUUGCAACAUUGUUUCUGUUGUCCAAAGGACACACCGGAACACCCAUUGGUUACUGAUGGACAUACUCUGAUA